GAUAGUCGGUAUAUUUUGUAACAUGAAUAAUUCAUGACCCGUUCAAACCUUCGCAAGAUACAAAUAUAAACCCGUUAUUCAAUAUUUGUCGACAGGUUGAUCCUCUUUCCCAUAUCCUUCACUUUCUAUCUCAUAGUCUAACGCAUCAAGUUCUCCCAAAGACUUUUAAUUAAUAACUCCACUUUCUCAUUGAUAUUACCAAUUGCUUGUUGCUGUUUGAAUUGUACCAUCAAGUCAAUUGACUGAGCUGUUCGCGAUGAUGAUCCUUCAAGGCCAUCGCUCUAACUCCCUAUCUUCUGACGACGAAACCGCCAUAUCUGCGUAUCAAGAAGCCAGACAAUUUCAUCGACGAGACUCUAAGCUAUGGGCCCGCGAUUCACCUUUUACUUCAUACAAGUCGGAGCGACAAGCGAAUCUUACACCUUUCAACACCAUGCAUAUGCCCCGUCUAGAUUCAGUUGGCAGUCAAGAACAUCGCUCACACAUGCCUAUCUGGGAGCCUCUAUAUAUGGAAGACAAUACAGAUAAAACAGAACAAGAUGAGACUACCAGGAGCCGAAUGUCAACGGAUGCUAAUGAUCCGAAAGUACUCAGCAAGGAUUCUUUCUCUGGUGGUGGUGACGGAGAUGAAAGCAGUAUGGACCAAGGUUGUUGCGCCUGGAAGUUAUGCUUAUCCCUUAUGACCGCCAACUGGAUGUCUCGUGCAAUGUGAGGCAACAAUUAGAAUGCUACUAGCAUUUUAUGAGUUGCUUUCUCGGGAGAAACGAACGAAACAAGUUGUUCUCAUCAGGAUCAUCAUUCUUGGGGUGGAUUAGGUAGAAUCAUUAUCCAAGAAAACCCAGUACUAAAGGCUUCAAUUAAAUACAUUAUGAAAAUUUGAUACCGAUAUCA